UGUCUCAGUUCCUGAUGGAGUUGCCUGCUGCGGGGACUAUGAAAAGAGAGGGAUAAACACCGGUAAGACAUGCCGAAGAGAAAGGACUUCCUGGCACUUGUUUUGAUUGUAGUACCAUGGACUUUACUCCUCACGCUUUGGCACCAGCGUUCUGGUAACCCGUUGCUUCCAGUUCCGAAGGUUAACAGAACUGGAGUCAGUAAAGCUCACCAAAGAAACUUUAGACUUCAUGAUCCCUGCAUCAUAAAAAACAAGCACGUCACAGAGGUCACCCAGAUGAAGUACGUCCACAGCCGCUCUCCACCCUGGUCUGAUGCAUUGCCAACUCUUCACGUAAUAACUCCUACCUACAGGAGGCCCGUCCAGAAGGCAGAGUUGACCCGCCUCACCAACACUCUCCUACACGUCCCCAACCUUCACUGGCUAGUGGUGGAGGACGCGGCGGAGAGGACGGCGCUGGUGUCCAGACUGCUGGAGAACACUGGAUUGAAUUACACUCACUUGAACAUAGAGACGCCUCAGAAUCUCAAAGUGCUAAAGAAGCCCAGAAAUGCACGCAUUCCUCGUGGCACCAUGCAGAGGAACCUGGCUCUCCGCUGGCUGAGGCAGAACAUCAACCCCAGCUCGGGUCAUAAAGGAGUCGUGUAUUUUGCAGAUGAUGACAACACUUACAGCUUGGAGCUGUUUGAGGAGAUGCGUUGGACUCGUAAAGCAUCUGUCUGGCCGGUCGCCUUCGUUGGAGGUCUCCGGUACGAGUCCCCCAAAAUCAACUCUCAAGGCAAAGUGUUCGGAUGGAGGACAGUGUUUGACCCUCGUCGACCUUUUGCCAUUGACAUGGCUGGGUUUGCAUUGAACCUUCAGCUCAUCUUCAGCAAACCUCAAGCCUACUUUAAGUUAAAAGGGGUAAAAGGUGGAUACCAGGAGAGUAGUUUGCUACAGGAUCUGAUCACUCUCAGUGACCUGGAACCCAAAGCCUCCAAUUGCACAAAGGUACUGGUUUGGCACACCCGGACAGAAAGACCCUUGCUUGUGAAUGAAGGGAAAAAGGGAUUCACAAAUGCCAGCGUGGAAGUAUGAUGAACUGCUGUCAUGCUGUUUUUUUUUUAAAUACUGAAGUAUCCUGUCAACUGGACCGACAGCAAGAAAGUAUUAUUCA